CUUGGCCUGCAGGCUGUACGAAGGCGACUGGCGGAAGUGACGUACAUUAACGCCGGGGAAGUGUCACGGAGUAAUAUCUUCCCGCUUCUGUCACCACUGGCGCGUACCGAGGGGACGGAUACAGAGGGAGCAGCCGAGCUGUGUUUACACAAUGCCGGCCCUUUUGGAAAGACCUAAGAUGUCGAACACGAUGGCGCGAGCCCUCCAUAGACAUGUGAUGAUGGAGCGGGAGCGUAAGCGACAAGAGGAGGAGGAGGUGGAUAAGAUGAUGGAGCAGAAACUGCGGGAUGAACAGGAGAGGAGGAGGAAGAAGGAGAUGGAAGAGAGGAUGUCCUUGGAGGAGACGCGUGAACAGAUCAUGAAGCUCCAGGAGAAGCUGAAUAAGCUGCAGGAGGAGAAGCACCAGCUCUUUCUCCAGCUGAAGAAGGUUCUCCACGAGGAGGAGAAGAGGAGGAGGAAGGAGCAGAGUGACCUCACCACGUUGACGUCGGCCGCUUACCAGCAGGGCAUGGUGAUGCACACAGGAGCCCAUCUCAUUAACAUGCAAGGGAGUCCUGGGGGUCAUUCCCGCCAUAGCUCUCUCAUGUCUGAUCGAGCCAAGCAGAUGUUCGGGCCACCAGUGAUAUCGGGUCGCCAUUACUCCAACCAGCCGUCCUUCAGCCCCACUGCCGCAGAGCAUGGCCAGUACCAAACCAGCCAGUCAGGCCAUGGCCCCUACACGGUCAGUCAGCCGCAGCACAGCUUCGGGGCCGGCCAGUCUGGACCCGUCACCUACACGGGGAGCCAGUCCAUCAGAGGUCCUGCUGCCUUCCCCACCAUGCAGUAUCUGUCUCACCAGCAGCCGGGGUACACAGUUCAUGGUCACUAUUCGGGAGCUCACGCAGGAUUUAUGCCACCGAGCAGCACCAUCCCGCUCCAGAAGCAGCUUGAACAUGCCAAUCAGCAGUCCGGCUUCACCGACUCUUCAACUCUUCGCCCUAUGCACCCCCAGGCUCUGCACCCCACGCAGACCCUCCUGACGGCUCAGCCGAUAGCAGUUCCAAUGCAGCCGACCAAGUCGGCCUUGUCUUAUUCCCACCCAUCGCGCUCUGCUUCUCCUGGAGGAUACCCACACGGGACCCCGCCUCAGCAGCCACAUACGUCUGGGUUCCAGGCCUCCCCGCAGCCGACUCCUCGUCUUCCUUUCAUGCAGCAUGGACAGAACCAGAGAUUCUACAAGUGACUGUUCCGCGCCUCGUCUUCAGCCUCUGUAUGAAUGGUGUAAAUAUUCGUGAUAAGAGACCCCAGUAUACCAGUCCAGCUCCUCGCUGUACCCCACACACCCUGCAGCUUUUUAACCUUCCGCAGACUGGGUGGUGAUGUAAAUAAACUGACAUUACCUGUU